CGGAUGGAGUCGUCGUUGGAGUUCUCCGCUUCACCGCACUGUAAGCCCGUGCCGCCGCUGCGCUCGCGCACCUUUAAAGUCAUAGUGAUUGGAAACUCCGGCGUUGGAAAAACCUGCCUCGCUUACCGCUUCAGCACUGGCCGCUUUCCCGACAAAACCGAGGCGACCAUUGGAGUUGAUUUUCGUGAAAGACUGAUCGACGUCGAAGGAGAGAAAAUCAAGAUGCAGCUGUGGGACACAGCAGGUCAGGAGCGGUUCCGUAAGAGCAUGGUACAGCACUACUACCGGAACGUUCACGCCAUUGUUUUAGUGUACGACGUCACCAACGAAGCGAGUUUCCAAAGUCUUCCCGUAUGGAUGGAAGAGUGUCGGCAGAAUUUACUCGGAUACGACAUACCGCGAAUCCUCGUCGGAAACAAGUCAGACCUCGUCUCGACGGCAAGGGUUGCCGUUAGCGCCGAACAAGCCCGGCGUUUCGCUGAUGCGCACGACAUGCAGUUCUACCAGACCUCCGCCAAAGGUCACCAUGGCGACCAAGUGGAAGCUGUCUUCAUGAUGUUGGCCCAUAGGCUGAAACGGCAGAGGCCGCUGGGAGGCGCUUGCUUCCCCAUGAAGGCCGCGACGACGAGUAGCUUUAAGAUUCCGCAGAAAAACAAACCCGAGAAAGAGAAGUGGUCCUGCACCUGCUGA